AUGUCAAAAUUGCGAAUUCUUUCAAAAACGGGAGUAGAAACAUCCGGUGUAAAGCACUCGUUAAAUCCCUUUGACGAGAUUGCGGUCGAAGAAGCUGUACAACUCAAGGAAAACUUAAAGGACCGGGUCUCGGAAGUAAUUGCCGUAUCAUGUGGGCCGCCAAAAGCCCAAGAAGUUCUACGAACAGCGUUGGCCAUGGGUGCCGAUCGGGCGGUGCACGUUAACGUUAAAGAUGAAGCCACCGCCAGUAAGUUACAGCCGUUGGGCGUGGCGAAACUGCUUAAAGCUGUGGUGGAGAAGGAGCAACCGAAUUUGGUGAUUUUAGGAAAACAGGCGAUUGAUGAUGAUGCUAGUCAGACAGGGCAGAUGUUGGCUGGGCUAUUGAAUUGGCCGCAGGCUACGUUUGCUUCGAAAGUUGAAAUUGAAGGUGAUAAUGUUAAAGUAACUCGAGAAGUUGAUGGUGGGCUGGAAACGAUAAGCACUAAGCUGCCUCUUGUCGUGACAGCCGAUUUACGACUAAAUGAACCCCGAUUUGCAACACUCCCAAACAUAAUGAAAGCAAAAAAGAAACCACUACAAGUGCUAACCCCGGAAGAACUCAAUGUCGACAUCAGUCCACGGCUGGAAACGCUUUCGGUCACGGACCCCCCGGUGCGGGUUGGUGGCACAAAAGUUGCUUCGGUUGAUGAACUUAUAGCGAAACUUAAGGAAGUGGGCGCGUUGUAA